ACUACUAGAACAUUUCUGAAAAUAAAAAGUACUUAAAAACCGAAAAAACGUCGUUAAAAAAACAUAAAAGUUUAUACCUAUCACCUAUGUCCUAUGUAUUUAACAUUUCAAUGCUGUCCGCAAUAAGAAGAAAUAUAAAUUUUGUUCGAACUGAACGGCUGUGAUUUCCUGUUGAUCCUCAUUCACGGGGGCGAGACGGCCAAAAAUGGUGGCGGUUCCCCUGGAUCUCCAAAAUUUUGAAUGUCUGUUGAAGAAUCACGACAGCUUCCUCUUCGAUUGCGAUGGUGUUCUGUGGCAUGGAAAUACCUUGAUUCCCGGUGCUGCCGAGGCGCUGUCGCUUUUGAAAGCUAAGGGCAAGCAAGUGUUCUACGUCACAAACAACAGUACUUCCACCAGGGAGCAGUAUGCCGAAAAGUGCCGGAAACUCGGUUUACCAGCCGAAAAGAAGGAGAUAGUCUGUACGGCUCAUUCCGCGGCACUGUACCUUCAAGACUUGCUACGCCCAACAUUCACAUGCCGUCCGAAAGUUUACCUUGUUGGAUGCGUUUCCAUUGCGGAUGAACUUAAUGCAGUUGGGAUUGAUUCCGUUGGACUGGGGCCCGAUCCAGUUGGCGAAAACUUCACGCAGGAUAAAUGGCGCUCUGUGGAGUUGGAGGACGACAUUGACGCAGUGGUUGUGGGAUUUGAUCCUCACAUCAGUUUUAUCAAGAUCCUCAAAGCUGCCAGCUAUCUGAAGAAGCCUCUGGUCCAUUUCGUGGCUACCAACACCGACCAGUCUUUCCCUACUACAUCCAGCCGCAUUGUCGUGCCCGGCACGGGAUGCGUAGUAGCGCCGAUUGCCAUGGCGGCUGACCGGAUUCCGACUGUGAUGGGCAAACCGGAAACGUUGAUGUUUGAGUAUUUGCAAAAGGAAUUUGAGUUGGAUUCGGCGAAGUGUGUCUUCAUCGGUGAUCGCCUAAAUACUGAUAUUUUGCUCGCUCAUAAAUGCGGGAUGAAAAGUGUUAUGGCAUUAAGCGGUGUUUCUACGCUGGAGGAGGUCGAAAAAUACCAAAACAGCUCUGAUCCACAGGAAAAGCUGUUGGUGCCGCAUUUUUUCAUGAGUGAUAUUAAUGUUUUAAAGGAACUUCUGGAACAGAUCAAUUAAAGGAAAACACUUGAAAACAUGAAUGGGA